GAAGAGAGAGAAAGAGAGGGGGGGAGUGAAAGAAUGGCGAAGGUCCAGCAGGCGGCGAGGUUUGCGACAGCGGGGGCGAUAGGGGCGGGACUGCUGGUGCUGUCGGGGCUGACGCUAACGGGGACGGUGAUCGGGCUGGUGGCGGCGACGCCGUUGCUGGUGAUAUUCAGCCCGAUACUGGUGCCGGCGGCGGCGGUGGUUGCAGUGGUGGCGGCGGGGCUGCUGCUGUCCGGGGGGUUCGGAGUGGCCGCGGUGUCUGCUCUGACGUGGAUCUACAACUACGUGACGGGGAAGCACCCGCCGGGCGCGGACCGGCUGGACGAGGCGCGGGCGGCAAUCGCGAGGAAGGCCAAGGACUACGGCCGCUACGUGCAAACCACAACCCAGGAGAUCGCCGCUACUGGCUCUUAAACCUACCUACCUAUGGAUAUCUCUCUCUCUUUCCGGUAGUCUGCGUCUAGAGUAUGGUUGUUCUUUGUACGUGGUGUUUUGGCUUUCAUCCGAUCCGCGCCUAGUUAUCCAUGUGUAUGCGAAAUAGAGUAAUGGUAACAAGCUGGUGGUUCUUCUUUA